ACUCACCAACUUCAUUUUCUAAUUUGCUUUUCAGUUACCUUAAUUACUUCCUCCGACCUUUUUUCAUAUAUAUAUAUAGUCGAAUCUUCCACCGCCAUGGCAUCCAACACAGCCUGUCUCUUUCCAGCUGCGCCCUUCCUCUGUCAUCCGCCGUCGCCGGUCGGAAAACUGUACUCCAACCGAACCUCAAUUAUGACUACGCGGGACGCGACGUCGGUGGAGCGAGUUCUGCCGACGAUGGCUGAUAUGAAGCGCGCAGAAGAGAAGAAAGAGAACGACAAGCUAUGGAGGAACGGUUGGAAGGAAUAUUUGGAGCAAUCGAAGGAGUUGAUCGUACCGGACGGUGGACCGCCGCGGUGGUUUUCGCCGUUGGAGUGCGCUUGGCGAUUGGAUAAUUCUCCUCUGCUGUUCUUUUUGCCGGGGAUUGAUGGCGUGGGACUUGGACUUAUUUCACAUCAUGAGAAGCUGGGGAGGAUUUUUGAUACGUGGUGCUUGCAUAUCCCAGUAGCAGACCGAACACCAUUUCGAGACCUUGUGAAAAUAGUUGAGGUAACAGUUAGGUCGGAAUAUCAAGGUUCAGGAAACAGGCCCAUAUAUCUUGUUGGAGAAUCUUUAGGAUCAUGCCUUGCACUAGCUGUUGCAGCACUUAACCCUCAUAUUGAUUUUGUAUUAAUUCUGGCAAACCCAGCUACUUCCUUCCGCAGGUCAGACUUGCAACUUCUAACACCAUUAUUGGAAGCUUUGCCUCAUUCACUCUCUCCUGGUUUGCGUCACAUUCUCAGAUUGACAGAAGGUGAAUCAUUGAGGAUGGUUUUGGAUGGUGUGGUCCAAGGGCUUCCCCUACAAACUACAGCUGGAGAGCUAGUGAAGGAUUUUACAACUUUCUUAUCAUCUCUCCGUAGUAUUCUUGCCGAGAUAUUACCAAAAGAAACACUUCUCUGGAAAUUAAAGAUGCGUAAGUCAGCUUCUGCUUAUGCCAAUUCACGCCUUUAUUCAAUCCAAGCUCAGACUUUGAUACUUUGCAGUGGAAACGAUGAGCUACAACCUAGUCAGCACAAAGGUGAAAGACUACUCAAGUUACUGCCUAAAUCUAAAUGCGAGCUUCGUAAAUUUGAUGGCUGUGGCCAUUUCCUAUUCUUGGAAGGAAACAUUGACCUGGUAACUGUAAUCAAGGGAACUUCAUACUACCGCCGUGGCAAGCAUCACAAUUAUUUAUCUGAUUUUAUUCCCCCAACGCCUGAUGAGGUGAGAAAAGUAAUAGAAACAUACAGAGGAAAAUUGGCAGAUAUAUCUUAUUUUGACAAUCUCAGAAUCAUGGGUGCUGUCCCUGUAGGACCAACUAACCUCUUCAAGCUUUUCUCUUCCAUGUCUCAUGUCCUGUUAUAUCCUGGAGGAAUACGCGAGGCUUUUCAUAGGAAGGGUGAAGAGUACAAAUUGUUCUGGCCUGAACAAUCCGAGUUUGUAAGGAUGGCAGCAAGAUUUGGAGCCAAAAUUGUUCCUUUUGGUGUAGUUGGAGAAGAUGACGUUGGUCAAGUAGUUUUUUAUUAUGUUGACUUGGUGAAGAUUCCUUACUUUAGGUCUGAAAUAGAAAGCCUCACAGAAGAGGUUCCACAGGUUAGGAGUGGUUUUGGUGGUGAGGUGGGAAAUCAACAAGUGCAUUUGCCUUUGAUUUUGCCUAAAGUUCCAGGCCGGUUCUACUAUUAUUUUGGAAAAGCAUUGGAAAUGAAAGGAAGGGAACAAGAACUCCAAAACAAGGAAAAAUCUCAAGAGUUUUAUUUACAAGUGAAGUCUGAGGUUGAGAGAUGUAUUGCUUACUUAAAGGAAAAAAGGGACAUGGAUCCCUACAGAGGCCUAGGGCAUCGACUAUUAUACCAGGCCACUAAUGCUUUUCAAUCUGAAAUUCCAACUUUUCAAAUUUGA